UUCCCACUGUUCUUGAGCACAAAUCAGACUCGAACAAACACAACUCUUUCCAUGGGAUCAGUUAUAAGAAGAAUGGCCAGACAAUGAGCAGCUUAGUUUCUUGGUCUUACCAGUGGAAGGCUUGCCAACAUUUCUGAAGAAAGCCCUGGCUGGCUCAUUCCUCUCUAUAUGGUCGAUUGCUGUUGCUUCUGGACCAAAGGAGCAGAUUGGUUAGUGAAGAAUGCUGUCAGAAGGGUAUCUCAGUGGACUUGCCUACCAGAAGGACAUCCACUGGAGCUGUUCAUCUUAUAAUGAGCAGGUGGCUGAGGAGAAUGAAGAAGAGACAAAAUCUGCUACUCAUUCCUACUGCUCGGUGGAUGAAACCCAAGUCCGAAGUCUGUAUGUGAGCUGCAAAUCCUCGGACAAGUUUAUUUCUUCAGUGCAUUCACGAGAGAGCCAACACAGUAGAAAUCAGAGAGCCACAAUGCUGCAGACAAACCCCAAUCCUGUGUUUGAAAGUCCCAACGUGGCUGCGGUUGAAAUAUGUAGAGACUCCAGCCGAGAGACCUACUUGGUUCCACCUUCCUGCCAAAGUAUUUGCAAGAAUUACAAUGACUUACAUAUUGCAGGGGACCAGGUGAUGGCUAUUAAUUCAGUGACAACAGAUUUUCCCCCUCAGAGCAGUUUUGAAUACGGCCCCUUGCUGAAAUCAUCUGAGAUUCCUUUGCCCAUGGAGGAUUCCAUUUCCCCCCAGCCCAGCUACUUGCCCCAAAAACCUAUCCAGCGGUGUUCAUCCUACUGGAGAAUAACUAGCAUCAAAGAGAAAAGCAGCCUGCAAAUGCAGAAGCCUAUGUCUAACGCAGUGCUGAAUGAGUACCUGGAGCAGAAGGUGGUCGAGUUAUAUAAGCAGUACAUUAUGGACACCGAGUUUCACGACAGUUCUCCCACCCAGAUCCUGGCGUCUGAACUCAUCAUGACAAGUGUGGAUCAAAUCAGUCUCCAAGUGUCUAGAGAGAAGAAUCUGGAGACCUCCAAAGCCAAGGAUAUAGUCAUUAACUGUCUAUUACAGCUGGUAUCAAGUGAAAUCAGCACACCUAGUCUCCAUAUUUCUCAGUAUAGCAACGUGAAUCCAUAGAGAGGAUGCUUCUCUCUCAACUACUCCAAGCUAAAGCAACACUUUCUUCAUUGAUUCCGAGAAUGUGCAGGAGGUGGGUGUGAAGGGGAGGCCAGAGCUAGAGAAGUAAAGGUUGGACGGAGGUCAGGUGUGAAUUCAGAGGAAAUCUCACCAUUACACGUGAUGAAGGCAUGUGGAAAGAGAAGCCAUAAAGACUAAUUUCAAAGCAAAGGUUGUACAACAACAAAGCAAAAAUAUCAAGGACCCCAAAAGAAAAGGCAUGAUUUAAGGGAGUACAGAAGUUUAAAAAGAAGCCAAGCCAGAUAAGAACAUACACCAUGGGAAAACAAACAAACAAAAAAACAACAACAAUAACAACAAAGGUUUCAGGGUCAAGAGUUAAUGUUUGUUAAGCAAAUAAAUUCCUCCAAGUUGUUUCUUCUUGAGAAGAAUGGACUGUAGAAGGGUGCUAUGUUUGGGUAGAAAGUCUGGUUUCAACAGUUGUGAAAUUUUAUAUCUAUUUCUUUUCUCUUUUCUUUAUCAGAUCAUUUAAAAUAUCUAUUCUUUAUAAACAUUCCAACAGUAACAAAUUACAAUUGUGGUUUUUUUGAAUGAUUACUUAGCUUACGGCCACUGUAACCUCCCAGUUCUGUUUACUAGUGAAGACGAAGUCUUCUAAAUGGAAAAUACCACAUUGUGAAUUUUUCUUUUUUCUUUUUUAAAGAUCUUAUUUUUAGUCAUCUCCCCACCCAACUUGGGGCUUGAACCUACAACCUUGCGAUCAAGAGUCACAUGCUCCACCGACUGAGCCAGCCAGGUGCCCCUCACAUUGUGAAUAUUAAAAUAAUUCAUUUUAUUUUGCUAUCUAUGAUUUUCUUGGUGGUACUAAGCUUCUAAAGAAGUUAGGUUACAAGCUCUAGAGUCCCAUCAUAGCAAAUUCCGUCAACUCAUGCACUAGAACGGUAGUUUCAUGAACAUCUCACUGCUCUACCCUGUUCUUCUAGCUUAAGGGACAGCAAAACAUGGCUCACUGGACUUACCUAUCUAGCCUGCUGCCUGUUUUUAAAAUUAUGGUAUAAUUGACAUAUAACAUUACAUUAGUUUCAGGCAUAUAACAUGAGUCACUAUAUCUAUUGCAAAAUGAUCACAGUAAAUCUAGUUACACCCUUUUUGAACCCCCAUGAGCUCAGAAUUUCUUCUAUCAUUUAAAAAUGGAAAAACCGAUCAAAAAGUAUUUGACAGGUGAAGUCAGAGACCCAAAUUCAGUGUCCAUAAAAUCAGGCUUUAUUGUAAUUCAGCCACACCCAUUCAUAUAUGUAUUGUCGACGGCUGCUUUCACACUCGAAGGGCAGAGUUGAAUAAAUGUGACAGAGAAAAUGGCCCACCAGAGUCUAAAACACUAUCUGUCCUCUUAUGGAGAAAGUUUGCCAACCGUACUAGUCAAUAGUGCCUUGCCCGUACAAUGGUUGCUGGACUGACUUGAGCUUUCCUGGGAAGGUGAAGGUGACUGAGAUGAAGCCUGGGGAGAGAGCUUCCUGGGGAGUGAGGAAACAGAAAAGGUUUCCACAGAGGCCUCUGGAGCUGGGAUGGCCCUUCAAAAUGCAUCCAAAUUGAAAUGAGAGGGGUGGCUGUGGUUCUCCAGCUCGACCAGAAGGGGGCGUAACUUGAGCUGAGGCAGUUCAGUUCAGGGCACCAUUCCCCAAGUGAGAAGCAGUUGCUGGGGAAGGAACACCUCCUAUAGAAGCGGCGAUGCGGGGCGGAGCAAAACAGCAUCUUCUAGAUUUCGCAGUAUUUAUUUUUAUAAAUUAAUGCUUUAACAUAUAAUAUUGAGUAAGGAAACCUGGUUUUGAAAUGAUUAUUCAGAUAUUUUAUUCAGUUUUAAAUUUACGGAAUAAUAGCUGCUCUUUAUUAAUGUCUUGGUAUGUGUCUGGCACCAUCUUUUUGCACGAAUUAUUUUAAGAUUUUCUCAUCACCUAUGAGAGCAAAUGCCCAUUAUCCCUUUUUUCAGGGAUGAGCCCACUGGGCUCGGGGAAGUUAAGUAACUUGUAGUGGGUGGUGAAACUGGAUUUGAAUCCAGUUCUAUUGAAAUUCAAGGUCCUGGUCCUUAAGUACUACCACCUGCUCUCCUGUUGACCACCAUGGUUUUUUCUCAUUAAAGACUGGUUUUCACAAAAUAAAAAUUAUAUAAAAAAAAAUAAAGACCGGCUUUCCUCUCUGAAGGAAAAGACCGCAAACCCUUCACCCUUACGCUACAUCAUUUUUCCUUCAUUGUUUCACUCGAUAAUAUUUGCAGAUCCUCACCCCCACCUAAGAACAUAAGCUUGGAUUUACUCAUUUGUUUCCCCAGGUCUCAAACACUAUUUACACAUAGUAGGCACCCAAUUAAUGUAUGUCAGAUGGAUACAUUUGGCUGUGUUGGAUACUGCAUCUGGUGGUUGAAGUGAAAAACCAUUAGUAUGAAAACCAACUACUUGUGAGUAGAAGUAAGUGCAACCGAGAUUUCUUUCUCAAGGGGAAAAAUAACUGAAUAAAUUACCUUAAUUUCUUCUAACAUGCUGGUAUAAUAAAGUACAUUAUAAUGAAA